UAUGGCUGCAUUGCAUGGGCAUGAAGAGCUGAUUGAACUAUUAGUUCAAAGCUAUAAUGCUAAUGUAAACAUCCGUGACUACAGUGGGAAGAAGCCCAAGCACUACCUGAAGAUAAGCGCACAGGCGCACACCCAACUUGUCAAAGUAAAAGCAGCAGCGACUAUAGAUGCCGUCCAUGUAGUCAAUGCUGUGUACGAGACUAGUGUUUAACUUCUUGAUUGAUGUUCGAGGCAAUUCACGUUACCUGCUUCAACCUGCUAAGAAACCAGAAAUGUUGGAUGAUGUUGAUACUAAUGCUAACGUGAAGAGUAAUUCUGGCAAACCUCAGGGUAUCAGUUCCCUCUUGAUUCCUCUCAAUAAUAAUAUCCGUGCAAGCUUUCGCCGCUCCAAGACCGCAGUCGCUCGUGCUAAGAGCCCUCCUAGAUCACCAAACCUUUUCAGAAGAGCAUCUGCAUUACCUGCAACAUAUUUACACAUGAGCACAAGGGAGUUACCUAUGAAUAUUAAGAUGAGAAUAAACAAUAUGCAGCCUCCAUCUAUGCGUGCAUCUAUGAGACAGGAGAAAAGUUUAAAUUCCAACAAGCAAUCGAAGAAGAAGUUAGAGAAGCAAAGACCUGUCAGUGAACAGCCGGCAAUUGCAAAGGUCAACUCGGAUCCGGAUUUGAAGAAGAGCUUUUUUAUAUAGAACAAAUGCGCCUUGCCACUCACAGGAAAGAUAAUAUCCUUAACUCGUGUAACUAACUACAAACUAUUAUCAUUGUAAUCAAAAGUAAUAUGCAUUUAUUGUACACGUAUUCUAGUUACGUCAUCUGGGCUCGCUUUGUGGUUCAUAUUAUUGCAGAGACAGUGUUGUUAGGACCAAUUUAUCACUGACUAUAAGAUUGAUUAAACCUUCUCCUGAUAUUUUUGUGUAAACAACCUGGUUUAAGUCCAUGCAGAACAUUACAUUACGUCCACCUACGAAGUUCAUUGGCGAAAAAUUUGGUCGGCCGUGUACCAAAUAUAAAUUCGAAGAGGAUGUUUCUAAAAUUGAACGAAAAGAAGUUUCUUCAUUUGUAAGCUUUGAUUUUUGCCAGAAUUAUUAUCCAUGUAAGAAAUAUGUAUAUAUCUGUAAGAUAUUUGAUAUUUGAUAUACUACAAGUAUAAUAAAAAGUUUAAAAAACAA